CUUUAAAACGUAUGCACUGGCUGCUGUUUUGACACGUACUUGCAACACUCGGCUCAUUACAAAUCAUUAGUUCACGUAUUUGUGAAGCCGCGUUGGUUUUGACACCCGUCUGUGUAAACUGACGCUCGAAGAGAACUCCACUCCGGGUUUUCUCCUCCUCUCCUCUCCUGCUCAGAGCCGACGAGGUUCGGGGGGUCAGGCAGGCGGAGAGACCGAGGGCUGCGUCUGGUGGAGGGGGAGAGCACGAGCGGAGCGGGGGCUGCCCCGAAUGGAUUGACACGAGAGGGAUUUACAUUUUUACGGCUGUUGUGGCUCCGUGCGCCACACGGCUGAAAGCGAAGAGAGAGAGAGAGAGAGAGAGAGAAAAAAAAACAUUACUAUAUUUUAUUUUUUGUUUUUGAUUUUUAAAAACAAUCCCUUGAUGUUCCUGCUGUCGGUGCUGCUAUCAUGUCCAUGUGUCAUCGUCGGGUUUGGAUUGAAUUUAGCAGAGGGUCCAUAUUUACCGAGGAGGGAAACCAAGCCGUGUCGCUGGAGCAGAGUAUAUUAUUAGCAGCUCAGACCGUACAACUGUCUCUCUGGUAAUGUGACCCAAAUACGCUCCAAGUACGCCAAAGCUACAUACUGUUCAAAGAAAAAUUGCAAAAGAUAAUAAACAAUCCGAGACAUUUAUUUAUUUUUUUUAUUAUUAUUAUUAUUUUCCAAAGCGAGGUAUAAAUUAUCUGGCUCCCAUGCUGGCUGCCAAAAGUCCUCUCCUCCACACCCUCAGCCAUGCCUGCUACUACCAAACCAACCAGGAGACAGACACCUGCUCAGAGGAGGAAAGGCCAGAAAAUCACCAGAAUCGAGGCUAAAACCUGCAGCUCGAGCAAAACCAGAGGAAAAGCCGCAGAGAGGCUCCAGAAGACGCCUGCAGAAUCCACAAGGUCAACAACCAGGUCGCAGGCAAAGGCAGGUCAAAGUCCCCGUGGAAGAAGAGGUAAGGAGUCCCGGAGGUCCCCCGGCAGAGAUACCCAUGUGACAGGACCUGCGAGGCUUAGACGGUCAAGUAGCUGUGGCAAGUCGCAGGUCCCUGUAGGACAAAGGAGGUCUCAAUGGGACACGCAAGCAUCCGCAACACCCUGUCAGUCUCCAAAACCAAGCAGGGGAAGGAAAAGCAGCAGAGGGAGCGCCGGGAGGAAAGCAGCAUCCCAGCAACGAAACGCAAAAAACAAACCCUCAGGCGUUACUCGUGAUGAAGAACACGAGAAAGCGGAAAAUAGCAAUAAUGAAGAAAAGUCCACGAAUCAUCACAAAACCGAUGGUGAUGUUCCUUCAAAUAUCAGAGAGCAGAGUCUCGAGCUGACAGACGCAAAAGAGGACAGCUCCCCUAAAGCUAAUUCACCGGGAGACGCUGUGCAGCACACCUGUGACAAACUUUCAGAUCCAGACACAAAGACUGUCAGCUGCAGCAGUGAAGGCGACUUGAAUCAAGUCACUGGGGCCACUGUUUGUGAUGACGUUGAUGGACAGCCAAGCGUCUGCAGUGACAGGAGUAAAGAUCCCGCCUCCGGCACCUCAGAGUUGACGAGCAGUGGCUCAUUGGGAGCGCAGGAAAACAACACCUCAUCCAUUACUGGAAGUGAGCUCGGUGGUGUCGACAGCGGCGGUAUGCAGGAUGGCGGGUGUACUGUCCAUCCGGAGGAGGCUACGCUGCUGGGCAUGAAAGAGAAUAAAGCAGAUGAAAGCAGAUCAGCUGUCACAGAGAGAAAAGACGAGAUAAAUCACGAGAAAAGAGAGAGUUUAGAAGCGGAGAACGUCGCUGCGAGACAAAGCGAGACCUUGGAGGAGAAGAAGGAAAUUGCCGUGGGGUUGGAGGACUGUGAAAGCGAAGGCAGUGAAAGAAAAGAAAAGCAGGUGUCCACCAGUCCUGCCGACUCCCAAACCAGCACUCCAACCUGUCCAGGUCCACCUCAUUGUAGCACGGGACCAACAGCACAGACCGAGUCACCGGCACAUGCAUUGCUGGUCUUUAACCCAACUACCUCAGAUCCCACCAAAGCCCCUUCCACCUCAGAGCCGUGUGAGCCCGAGGCGGUGAGCGUGGCUAAAGCGGACGUUCAUGGUGCUAACCUUCAGUUCCCAGGGUCCUCGGCUGUCCAUGACGCUGCUCCCAAAGUGCAGACUGUAAUAGUGAAAAGAAGUACGCCAGUAAUUGUCUGUAGAGACUUUCUUACAGCUAAGACCUUAAAAGAGUCUGGCAACAGAGAAUCUCACCAACAGCAAAGCCCCUUGGUUCUUACUUCUCUGGGAGGAAGACGAGAUUUCACAACAACAGAGACCAAAAAUGGUGAAGUAAACCAAGAGGACUUUAUCAGCCAGAAAACAUCUGUACUUUCCUUUUCACUGGUUUCUCUGCCGGGCACAGAUGAGCGCAAACCAAACCUCAAUGAAGACAGCCUUCAGGUGUCAACGCCUGAGGUGGACCUGGUGCCAAAGAUCUCGACUCCCUCUCUCGACAGCAGCUCCGGCUUCUCCUGCAGCUCAGAAAGCACUCGCUCCUCGUUUUCUUUCGACACCGAAUCGGAGACGGGGUGUGCGGAGGCCGGCCUGGGAUCAAGGUCCCCGGGGACUUCCCUAAAACCCCCGAAGAAGGAGAGGAGGAAGCGGAGCAGGUGUGGGACAUGCGAGCCAUGCCUCAGGAAGAUUAACUGUGGCCAGUGCAGCUGCUGCCUCAAUCGCAGGACGGGUCACCAAAUCUGUAAGCUGAGGAAGUGUAUGGAGCUCAAGAGGAGAAGACCUUCUUCUCUGAUCGGCCGAUGCAACGUUCAGGUGGCUCCAGAAAUCGGAUCAGUAAAUGGCAAAGGCAUGGUACAGAUGGAUGGCACCCACAUGGGAGGGGACGAAGAUGAGGGAGAGAAAGGCCACAUACCAUGUAUACAAUCCCCCAUGGCCCAGUCACUUACCCACUACCUGGUCUCAGACCAUGGUGGUCAGUCUGCACUUAUUAAACAAGAGCCCGGGGCGGAUCUGAACAGCACUGCACUUCAACACGUACGCUCUUCUGUGACUUUUCUGAACGGUUCAAACGAGAGCCUUACGAAACUGAAUGGUGCUAACACGACCAGCGGGUCACACUCCGUUCUGAAAUCUGCAUGUAAAAGGACAGCGUCCGAGCUUCAAAGGACUAUAAUGACGGCGGUCCCGAAAGUCAGCCCUGAGAACGGACCCAGGAUGCCUCCAGGUGACUUGCCGGCUCCACUGAAGAGGAUCAAACUGGAGGAGCCGUGGAUGUGGAUCAGCGAGCAGAACGCCACGCGGCUGAGUGAUGCGGAGGAUGUGUGCGAUGACCCGCUGUCGGUGCUGGCAGCUGUGGUCUGUCUGUCCGUCACAGAGAGGAAAGGACUGGAAGACAAACUGUUCGGAUCUCGUUCUUCCAUUCUUCGCUCCAUUAAAACAGAGCCGGCAGAGUUGCACAUAGUCAAAACGGAAAAAGUGGACUUAAAGAACACCUUGUGUCCAAAAAGCACUCCUCUCAACUUGCAAAGGAUUCCUCAACCUGUUAAACGCGAGCCUCCUCCUAGUGUCCUGUUACCGAGUGUGCAGUCUUUGGCAGAGAAGAGGAAUCUUAGUUUCGAUCAAGCUGUUGCUAUUGAGGCCCUGACUCAGCUGGCAGCUAUACCUCAAAGCACCGCAGGUUCCAUUAAGGCUGAAAGUAACUGUGAACAUCCCAUUUCUUCUUCCCCUUUCUCGAUUUCCAACACAAACGCUGCUGUACAAGAAGCCAAGUCGACAGCAGUGGUUCACUACAACAAAGUGUCGGUUAUCAGCUCACCACUACACCAGACGUCUGUGAUACGCCCUCCCAUGGCCAGGCAAGGAAACGUCAUCCAGUGCUCCCGCAGGUUGAGCUCUGACUCUGAUAACAAAACAUCCUGUAGGUGGACAGAGCAGGGUUACGGUCCGCAUGUCAUCAAAACGCAAAGCAGCUACAAGGAGUCCAGUCACAUAAAGCUCAGUAAGGAUCAUGAGGAGGAUAGAGACAGUUUCGUCAAUAGUUUGAGAAGAAACAGAGACGAGGAGGAAGUGGCAGCUCAGCUGGCAGAUCUAGCCUUCAUCAUCCAGUCACGACACAACCAGCAGUCGGAGAACAACCCUCCAAAGGGAACACCUGUUUCCGCCAUCAAAUACAACUACAAAUCCCAGCAACACCCCAGUCAGAAGAAGACCCUUGUGAAAAAGAAUAAAGCUACACCCCCAAAGCCACGGAAAAGGAAAAGUGAUGGGUCACAAGAGGGCAACAACCGCAGGACCCCUCUCUCUAAAUGCAUGCCAAAUGGAGAGAUGGCCUACAGGGGCAAGGGCCAGAAGAGCCUCCUGCGUGGGAUAUCAGGCCAGCAACAAAAGAACAACUUAUUUCUGCCUCUGGCUCAAAUUGAUCUGAAGAAAUACGUGGCUGAGGCUCAAGAGGGAAGGAAGCAGCUCAUCAAUCACAGCAACACUCACAAUGCAAGCCUCUUUGAUCAGCAGGCGCUAAACUGCGGCACACUUAUUCGGACGAAUCCCACCUGUGGUCAAGAAAACCAGCCGUGGCCUCUUUCUAAUGGUCACCAACGCAGUCCGUGCAAUGGUUUCCCUACAGGACCGGAGGAGUGUCGUUUGUUAUCUCAGGUAGAGCAGCCCUGCGUUGGGCUGCAGCACGGUGCUGACCCGAACGUCAGCCCGGCGAAAGCAUCCGUUCACAGCCACGCCGGUGAGCACCACAGGCUGGCUAACGGGUUCUCUGGGGCUCCUCGAUCCCCUCCUCCGAGUCAGCAGGGUUACUACAGGUUGGAGGCAUCAGGACCUGUCACCAUCCUGUCCACGGCGACCGACGGGGUUCAGGGCCACUCCACCGAGUCGACACCAACCAGGAACAGCGUCAACAGUUUUCUGGAGUCUCCGAUGAGUUUUCUAGACACGCCUACCAAGAACUUGCUCAAUACACCUUCCAAAAAACUGGCUGAUCUUCCAUCCUGUCAGUGCGUGGACCAAAUCAUUGAAAAGGAGGAAGGGCCUUACUAUACUCAUCUGGGGGCAGGUCCUAGUGUUGCUGCAGUGAGGGAACUGAUGGAAAACAGGUAUGGUGCCAAGGGGAAUGCAGUGCGGGUGGAAGUGGUUGUUUACACUGGGAAAGAAGGCAAGAGCUCCCAGGGGUGUCCGAUAGCUAAAUGGGUGAUCCGACGCUCCAGCGAGGAGGAGAAGCUGCUGUGUUUGGUUCGCAAAAGGCCAGGGCACCGCUGUGACACAGCCGUGUUGGUGAUCCUCAUUCUGGCAUGGGAGGGGAUCCCUCACUCGAUGGCAGACUACCUCUACCAGGAUCUCACAGAGAGCCUCUUUAAAUACGGCUCCCCCACCUGCCGGCGCUGUGCCCUCAAUGAGGACCGUACGUGUGCAUGCCAGGGCUUGGACCCGGAUACUUGUGGCGCCUCGUUCUCCUUCGGCUGCUCCUGGAGCAUGUACUUCAACGGCUGCAAGUUUGCUCGCAGCAAAGUGCCCCGCAAGUUUCGCCUCCUUGGAGACUACCCGGAGCAGGAGAGGAAAGUAGAGAACAACCUCCAGAAUCUUGCCACUGAUCUGGCUCCACUCUACAAAAAACUGGCUCCUGAAGCUUUCCAAAACCAGGUUGAAAAUGAAGCAGGCGGGGGGGAUUGCCGGCUUGGCGGGAAGGAGGGUCGUCCUUUCUCCGGGGUCACAGCUUGUGUGGAUUUCUGUGCCCACGCUCACAAGGACACCAGCAACAUGAACAACGGCAGCACUGUGGUUUGCACGUUAACAAAAGAAGAUAACCGAUCAGUGCGCAAUAUUCCAGAGGAUGAACAGCUUCAUGUGCUGCCACUUUACAAGAUUGCUGACAAAGAUGAGUUUGGACACGUCGAGGGUCAGUGGGCCAAGAUCCGAAGUGGCGCUCUGCAGGUUCUGUCCUCUUUUCCCCGAGAGGUGCGUUUACUGGCUGAGCCCGCGAAAUCUGCCCGUAAGGUGAGGCAAGAAGCUCGGUUAAAAGCUCAAGCAGAGAGGUUGGAGAAGAAGCUCGGGCUGACUUCUCUCACUCCAGGAAAAGUGAAAACUGAGAGUCCCAACAAAGAUCCACAAGGUCUUUACAGCUCUUACAGGCUGCCACCCAGACCUGCCAGUGUUGGAAGAUCCCCACUCGAAAGAAACCAACCCAGCGCUUACAGCCAGAGCACCAGCAACUACUCCCCUCCCGGUGCCGGGGUCACAUCACAGAGGGGCUUCAUCCCCGCCCACCACCACGCCCUGCCUGGCCUCCGGUUUGGACAGACCGGCUCAGCUGUAAAUUAUGAGACGAUGAGCCGAACCAUGAGUGGUUUUUCUCCAGCUUCCGAUGAACAAGGUGCUCCUUUAGACCGUAUACCUCCUCAUAACCCCCACAGUGACGCUUCCUUUAAAACCGAGCCCAACGAGGUGCACUGCUCAGCUCUGCGCCGACUCUCCACCAGCGCUCCUCCUCCUCCUCGUCCCUCCUCCGUCUCCCCCCGACCGACUUCUGAGGGCCUCUUCAGCCGGCUCAGUGGACUCCCGCGGCCUUCCCAAGAUGUGGCAGCAGAGGUCAGGGGUCACGCCCUUCCUCCGCGCACGCCUCCCCCCUGUCAAGGCCCGGCCCUCGUGGCCGAGGAAGCAAAGCCGGAAGAGGUGUGGUCGGACAGCGAGCACAACUUCCUGGACGAGGACAUCGGUGGGGUCGCCGUGGCGCCGUCCCACGGCUCCAUCCUAAUUGAAUGUGCGCGACGGGAGCUCCACGCCACCACCCCCAUCCUCAAGCCCGACCGCAGCCACCCCACCCGCAUCUCCUUGGUCUUCUACCAGCACAAGUCCCUGAACGAGCCAGGCCACGGGAUGGCCAUGUGGGAUGCCAAAAUGGCCAAGCGAGAGCGGGAGCGCGAGGAGGAGGCCGAGAGGCUGAGAACGGAGGGCAGCCCGGGCGGCGGCGUAAGGACGAAGGAGGAGGACGCAGGCGAGGAGACCGAGGGGACGGGGAGGGUUACGAACAUCCCGACACGUCAGGCUUGGACUCUGUCGAGGGACGGCGUCAUCACCGUGUCCCCUUACGCUCUCACACAUGUGACGGGCCCGUACAGCCGCUGGACUUAGUCACAAAAAAACACUCACAAUUCCUUUAUUGUGUGCUUCUGCCUUACCUCAAUCAGACUUCAACUCUCGGUUUUAUGUCGUUUUCUUUGUACUUUUCUAAUAACUUUCAACUUUGUCCUUCUUAGUCUCCGCCUUCAUGAUGAUGAGAAGGACCAAAAGACUUUUUAAUUGUUUGUUUUUUUGGAGGGUGGGUGUAUUUUUAACUGUGAGUUUUGGUGCUGGUUUUUAAUGUAAUGAAAUGGUGCUUUGAAGCAUUUUAAAGAUGUUUUUAAACUGGCUUUAUAUAAAUGAUUAAGAACAAAAAAUAUGUGAUUAUUUAUUCUGAUCUUAAUGAUUUCUAUUUAAUUUCUUGUGUGAGCCUGUUUACUGCAAUAUUUCUUUGAUAACCUGCAUUAUGUUGUGCAGUAGGAGUGUAAUGAGUCCGUGUUGGCUUUUAUAAUGGUGCCAUUCUCACUGUAAUCUCUUUUAAGCAAACUCAUCACGUAAUGUAGACUAAUGUUGUGCGUAUAUUUACUACAGAUUGUCACAUGUAGCAUCGUGCUUCUUCUUUCUGACUUCUGUUGAAGGCAGAAAAAGAAACGUACUUCUUUGUUCUUUUUUUUCUGACAUUGGGAUAGUUUCUAUUUUUUCACAUAGAUGGCAUAUUUUAAAAAAAGCACUAUGUUUAUUUUCCUAAAUUCAAAAACAGUCCACGGGCCUGAGUAUGUAUGUACAGACAGAGAUAUAUACAUAUGAAAUUUUAGCAUUGUUUUUUACAGUACUUUUUAUUUUAUUUUAUCUUUUUGCAUUUGUUUGCUUUUCAUAGAUCUGUUUAAACUUUAACUUUGCUUGACAAGGAAUCAUGAGAUGCUGCAGCAGUUAGGUGCUUACCACUUUAUUAAGCUCCUGAAAUGAUUUUUUUUAUCUGUAACAAGUAAUAAUAGGAAGCUUGCAACACAUUUAAAUGGUGCUUUUUUUUUUACAGAAACCACAAAGUGUCACAAAGAUCAACACAACAUCGCGGGCUUUAAACACGAAACGCAUUAACUGAAAAAUCUACUUGCCUCCUCUUUGCUUUUGUUUCAAAACCACUUUAAAACAUCAGAUCCCACUCAGAUGACUGCCUACGAGGAUUUCAAGUGCUCGAUCCCUGUGAUGACUUUGUUUACAGACUAUUUUUAUCAGUCUGAAUAAAGGGGUUGACGAGUCACGAUUUUA